CAAUACAUUGUUGACACUGCGUCAAGAUCGUCAGCGAGGCAUAGCGUGACGUCCUGACUCGCGUGGACACACGCUUUAGGUACUACACACGUGCAAGCAUUACGCACGGCAGUCUUCGGACCGUCCUGAUCAACAUGGCAUCCGAUCUAGACAAGCAAUUAGAACAGCUGAAGCGCUGUGAGAUAAUUCCGGAACCUGCGGUCAAGGACCUGUGCCAAAAGGCCAAGGAGAUCUUGAUAGAGGAGGGCAAUGUCCAAUACGUCGAUUCACCAGUCACAAUAUGCGGAGACAUACACGGGCAAUUCUUCGACCUCAUGGAGUUGUUUAAAGUCGGCGGCUCUUGCCCAGAGACGAGCUACGUGUUCAUGGGCGACUUUGUUGACCGUGGCUUCUACUCUGUCGAAACCUUUCUCAUCCUUUUGCUCCUCAAAGUUCGGUACCCUGAUCGUAUAACGCUCAUCCGGGGAAACCACGAGUCCCGACAAAUCACCCAGGUGUAUGGAUUCUACGACGAGUGUAUGCGCAAGUAUGGUUCGAGUAACGUGUGGAGGUAUUGCUGUGAUGUGUUUGAUUAUCUGAGUUUGGGAGCGGUAGUGGACGGAAGGGUGUUCUGCGUACAUGGAGGUCUGAGCCCCUCCAUUGCUAGGUUAGAUCAGAUCCGAGUGAUUGAUCGGCGGCAGGAAGUACCCCAUGAGGGACCGAUGUGUGACCUGCUGUGGUCUGAUCCUGAUGACAUAGUCAAUUGGGGAAUGUCACCGAGAGGCGCCGGCUUCUUAUUCGGAGGAGAUAUAGUGGAUCAAUUCAACCGGAACAAUGACAUCGAAUUGAUAGCUCGUGCCCAUCAAUUAGUAAUGGAGGGUUACAAGUUGAUGUUCGAUCGCAAAAUCGUGACUGUCUGGUCUGCACCUAAUUACUGCUACCGAUGUGGAAAUGUGGCUAGCAUAUUGGAGCUGGAUGAGGAUUUACGGCAGGAAUACAAGGUGUUUGACUGCGCCGCACCAGACGCCAAAUCCAUUCCUCAAAAACGGCCACUCAUGCACGAGUAUUUCUUGUGAUGAAAUCGAGCUAGCGCAAAGUAUAAUGCCGUGAAUUGGUGAUCAUCAGCCUGUUCCGUGAUCCAGACAGGCAGAUCAACGUAUCGAUCAGGUGGAAGCAAAUGAGGGAGAGAAGCAAG